CCUUUGUCUCCAAGUUCAGCGCGUCGUGCACGCCUGAACAUGGCCGCGUCUCGCACCCAUGAAAUCUUGCGUAUUCUGGACUUGCUCGAAGGAAUUCAGCCCCGGACUCAGUCCAGACUGAUUGCACUUCUGGCACUCGAGGAUACCUUCUCAGAGCUGCAGAUCGAUCCUCUGGGGAUACACGAGCAUCAGCGUCAGCCCAAAGAUCCACGAGUCGUCGGGGCGAUUACUGCCACUCGGGCCAUCACGCGUGCUCUCACCUUUACGAUGGAUAAGCCAGAUCUGCAAUCUAUCCGUGAUUCCGCUGUGCACUGCACCCGCCGCUGGUGGUUCUCACUCCUUCGCUGGCUCGACUUUAUCCAUCCCAAACAGCAGUGUAUUCGCUUCGAUGGUAGAAUCGCAGAGGUGCUCGUGAGUGCGUACAGCGCACUGGUCACCUCCAAAGACGCGCUCCUCGAUCUUAUGGAAGAGACGCCAGAGUUCUUCAGUCUCUUAUUCGAUCUAUGGCUGCAUUACCCAGAUUACACGAAGACUUCCGGCCGGUUCGAGCCUCUGGCUAUGCACCUUUUCAGCUCCAUCUCUUCGGCCGUCAUGGUGCUCACUCUCUAUGCUGAUGCGGACGACAAUACCAUCGUCAGAGCACACUCCACGGCCGUCAGAGAAGCUAUGCUCGUUACGAGGAUGCGACCCAAGCAUAUGUACAAGCGUGCUGUGCAGUACAUGCAAUACUGCAGGAACGCGGGGGGGACACUAGUGUAUGGCGUAUGCUCGAUUCAAUUGCGUACCCUCACCUACCUGGUCAAGGGUGCUCUACCCAUACCGCGUCACUCCAGAAAGACCAUCGACCUCCUCGUCGAUUUGAUUCGCGAGACGAACAGGGGGACUGAUGAAGACGCGGCGGAAGCCACGGGCGCAGACGCGUGCGCGUUGUUGCACGACGUCUGGACAACCGAUGAAGGCCAUCGCUCGCUGAUCCGAGCGCUGCAGAAGGGCCUGUUGCGGCUAUUGAUGGAGCUGAAUUUCCAGACAAGCGGCAGGAUCACUCACAUCUUGUCCUACGUCUGUAAACGGUCCAUAUUCUUGCCCGUCGCACGCACUCUAGGAGAAGUCUGCCCUCAGUCCUCCUUCCGCUAUGCCAAAAUGCACAGCGAAGUCAACGGCACAGAAGUGGAUAUCCAACAUCGCGAACGGCUUAAGGUCAUGCACAGCCUUUUGCCUGAGAAACUAUGCGGCAACGAGGAGUGUGGCUACGUUCUCGUUGACGAGCAACGCCGGAUGAAGGCUUGCCGCUGCUUUCGCGUCAGGUACUGCUCGCGCGACUGUCAGGAAGCGCACUGGCCGGUACAUCGACUGACCUGCCAGUACAAGACCCGGACUCGCUUUACCAUGAGAAUGGGCGAACUCCGUCCCAUCGAGAUACAAUACGCGGCGAGCCUUGCCUUACUAUACCUCGAACGAGCCGGCCGCACCAUCGUCUCCGAGAUCGACGCGCACCUCGCGAGACUCGCCGACCCAUCUGAGAAGCGGAUCUUCGUCGUGAAGAUCGACUUCCUCAACGAAAUCUUGCCCCGGCACGAGAUUGACGCAUUCUCGCAGGAGGACCUUUUGAACCCGGUCAUUCAUCCUCACAUCCCUCCGUCCACCAAAAUCCUGAGGUCUCUGGUGCAGGUCGCGGCCGUCCUGGGGCGUGUCGGGGGGACGAUGACGGCUAUUGUGGCCAAGCCCAAUGUCACGGUAGAGACCUUUCGGCGGCGGUAUGGUCGGCAGAGGAACUCACGGAGACCAUCUAUAGCGACGGAUAGUCGACUGGACCUCUUCGUCCGAGGCAGCAGCUCGUGCACACGGUUCAUCGCAGCGGCGCAGUUGUACAUGGUGCAGCCCGUCUCUGUCACUGCCGGGUCAAUUUCCACCUUCACUUCGAUGUGCACGGCAUCGAAGCGCCCUUGCACGCCUAAAGUCUCAUCCAGGAGUGAAUAUUCUUGCGACUGGGCGUCGACAGACUCGUACAUGUCGACGGUGUCAUUCACCACCGCGUCGUCCUCUUCGAGGAAGGCUAGCUCCAGCAGAACUUGUGAUGUGCCGACGCCGCACAAGAUGGUGAAAGUAAAAGGGAGUGUGUAUGAGGAAGAACGGGUACAGAAGCCUCGUGUUGCGGCUCGAGGCCAACUCGAGGUGUUCCACCCUCGGCAGUCCUACCCUUGGCAGCGGCCUGCGCAAGGCUGCGCCAUCCGAUCUGAUCUCCAGGCUUUCCAGGUUUCGCAACAAUGGCAGAAUAUGCAGGAUGGAAUCGUCCGUGUUCGUGACAUAGUGCGGGCCUCGCUCCCGCGUGAACUCCAGAACGAGCUCGCGGAUAUAGUCCGCGAGACAAGGGGUCGCGCGCAAGACCUCCAGCAGCCGCUGCGGAGCAGUCAAGGCCGUUGGAUCCUCCCGUACCGCCGCGUAUUCUUCCGGCAGACGAAGCCUAAUGCGGGAGAAGAGACAUUGCUGUAUCUGCGUGCGCAUGCUUCGAAGCGCGAGAGCACAUUGCUCGAGAGAGUCGUAAUCCUCGGAGGCGCUAAGGUCUUCUACGAUGAGGCUGAUGAGCUCUGGCGGCAGAGCUGGCCCGUCACUCGAAUCGAUGCCCUGCAUCUGUGUCUCGGGCUGAUGAUCACAAUUGUCAGGAAAUACAAGUAG